UGCUGAGCACAUGGUUAGAGUGGGAAGUGGGGAUGCAAUUGAUAGGCAGUUUUCUGUUGCAGCUUAUGUAAAAGAUGUUGUACUUAUCGCACUUGGAACACUCACACAAGACCACCUUUCGAAAAAACCUCCUCGAUUUGCUGGCAAUACCUGUUGCCGUAGCACCGUAAACACUUUCAGUCUGCACAACCAACCAGUCAGUUCGAUUUUCUGCUUUUGUGCCUCUUGCUAUUUUCCCCUCUGAACCCGUGCCUGUGAAAAGCUCGUGGAAAAAAGUGUGUGCUGAAGCCCCCUUUUGUGCUGUGGCAGCCUUUUGAGAACCCCCAGCAAGGAGUUCUUGGGGCAGGAAAAAUUGGUGGUGCAAGUGAAUAUUGCGGAAGAAUGAGGAUGGAAUUGUGCAGCAAAAAGUGAAGAAUUCUUGGUGUUUUUGGGGGAAGACCUAAGGAGCUUUUUCAUCUUUGGGAGAAAGCUAUAAAUUAGAGAGAGAGUCUGCAAAUUGGAAGGUGAAUUGGAGGCAAACGAGGAGAAAAUGAUGAAAAAAUGCGUUCUGCUGCUGCUGAUAGUGAGCACCGUAACAAGCCAAUUAGUGGAAAAUAGGGAUGAGAAUUCAGGGAAAGCCAAGAUAAGACGCCCAAGAUCGAUACUUGGUUUCUUCCAGUCAAUUUUCACCAUUCAUCAGCUCCAUCAAGCACAGAAAACUGACCUUUCGUACACCUUGGCGCGCGUUUACGACAUCAUGAGGAACAGUUUCUCCGACACUGCUACGAAAAAGCCAAUUCUUGCUGUUGAGCAAACAACUAGUGAACCGAACGCAACAACAACUACAACAACUGAAAGAAUGCGUCUAUCACGAAGAGAAUUUGGAAGGAUUCUUGGUCGAAAUUUCCGGGGUUUGCAACGGGUGUAUCAACUUGAGAAGCUGGAGGCUGAUGCGCAAUCAAAACGAGCAUUUCAGGAGUACAAAGUUCAACUGGGAAAUUCCCUGGCUCCGUUUGUGUACAACCUCCCGUCGGAUAACUCGCUAAAUUAGCCAUAUUUAUUAGUUUGUGUUUAGUAUUACAUAAAUUAAUUUAUUAUAUAUGAAUACCUCCCCCAGCCCCCCGGCUCCAAUCACCCACACCAGCAAAACACCUCUCCAAAUUGAACCCAGAAUUUACAGAUGAUUUUCGAUUAACCAAUUUAAUUGAUAGUCAGUGAUCUGGUGAAAUGCCAGCACAAUUGCCCAAUAUGCUAAAUGAGCUUUGUUGCAGCAUCUCAUGUUGCAAUAAUUUGCGAAAAGCAGCGUAAAUUGUAUAUAGGAAACAUUUUUUUUUGAUAGGGGGAUAUUCUGUAAUUGUAAUGUUUAGGGUUAAUAAGCGAAAAUGCCACACACUGUACACACUAUGCGGUUGUAAUUUCACUGUGAUAAAAGGCUCAAUAUUAAUUAAAAGCAAAUAACAUUUUGUUGCUGUUGAACUGCGCUUGUAGGAUUAAAUUUUGAACAUUUUACCUCAUGAAAUAUUCCUACAAUAAACACCUCAAUUUUCGGCUUCAAGAUUCACAAAAUAGAAAGCUUUCAAUCUCCUUUGGGGACAUAGAACUCUCCAAUGGACGGCCCUUUUUUUGAGCCAGAGAACCAGGUGUAAAUAAAGUUUCAAUUUAACAAUUAAA